AUGGAACAUUUAUCGAUUCAAUUAAAUGAUUUACCAGAUGAGAUUAUUAUAUUUAUUUUGAGAAAAUUGUAUGAUGCCGAAGUACUCUAUUCAUUAAUAGGAGUUAAUAAACGACUCAGUACAAUUACAAAUGAUUCAAUUUUUACAAGUCACUUAACAUUAACAUAUUUCUCAGAUGAUUUUCACUAUCCACUACCUGAUCCAAUGGUUGAUCGAUUUUGUUCAAAAAUUUUACAUGAAAUUCAUCAUAAAAUAAAAUGGCUUAAUCUUGAAUCAACAUCUAUACAACGUAUUCUUCGUGCUACAAAUUAUCCUAAUUUAUAUGGACUUGGUUUAUAUGAUGAUAUUACUUUUACCUGUAUAGUCAAAAGUCAAAUAUCAUCAUUGGUUAUCGAUAUUAGUCGAGAUAAAAAACAAAUUUUGUCAACAGAUAUCAAUAAAACUGUAUUUACACAUAUCUUUACUAUGUUCAACAAUUUACAGUAUUUAAAUUUCGGUCCAUCUUCAAUUUGGUAUCAACGAAUUUCAUUUGACAUGCCAUUUCCAACUAUUACUUCUUUAAAUUUGUUAGAAUUACAUAUUUGUGUGGAUUAUUUCAAUGAUUUGCUUUAUUUACUUGAUGGACGUUUCAAUCAACUACAUACAUUAGAUGUUAAUAUCUAUCAUAUUAAAUACACCCAUUCAACAAUUAAUAGUGGAGAAAAAUUAGCUAAUCUAAAAUGUUUCUCGCUAUAUUCUGAUAUGCGUACACUUGUUUAUGAUGAAUUAAUUCUACCAUUUCUACAUCGAAUGUUGAACUUAGAAAAACUUGAUUUACAUCUUAAGGUGGAUCGUCAUAAAGGAUUUAUUAAUGGAAAUGAUUUAAAAGAAAAUAUUAUCAAUUAUAUGCCACGAUUAAAUAAAUUUACAUUUAAUAUUCGUUUAUUCAAUCAUAUUUCUAAUAAAAUUAUUUUACCUUCAAAUGAAGAUAUUCAAUAUACAUUCAAAGAUUUUAAAGAUAUUCAAGUUAUUUCUUGUGUUGAUUUUUUUCAAGAAGAAAAAUUUCGUUACUGUCGUAUUUAUUCAUAUCCAUAUAAAAUGAAAUAUUAUGAUAAUAUUUCAAAUAAUUUUCCGGGUGGAUUAUUUAAAUAUGUUCAUAAAGUAUCAUUAUAUGAUGAAUAUCCAUUUGAACAUGAAUUUUUUCUUCGAAUUGAAAAAUCAUUUCCAUUCAUGAAAGAAUUAACUGUAAUUAAUGCUAAACCACAAAAGAAUAAAUUAUAUAGAAAAUCAAUGAGUGACAAUAAAGAUUUAUCAAUUAUUAAAUAUCCUCAUCUGACUGAUCUCAAUCUUAUUCAAGCUCAUGAUGAUUAUGUCGAACAAUUUCUAGUUGAUACGGAAAUGUCUUUGCCAAAUCAUCUUCAUCUUACUGUCAAUUAUCAAGCAAUGAAAAUGGUUACUGAAAAUUUCACAAGAAAUACAACACGAAUUAAUUGUACAAAACUGCGUUCUUUACAUCUAUGGAGGGCAUGUGGAGAUACUAAACAUGUUAAAGACUAUUUUCCUCAUACACACAUAUUUGGAUUUGUAAAUGAUUGA